GCUGGUAACGAGCCCUGAAUACUGGACAAUACAACAGAGUUGGAGAAACAGAUGUGUGUAGCAUGAUGAAGUAGACACCGGUCAAGAGAGUAACACCACCGGAAACUGACCAUAGAAUUCCAAAAACUCUGUGUUCAAAAUAACUAGUGGCGGACUUUCACGAAAUCUGAUCUCCACACGUCGAAGAGCGAAUACCUGCAGUGACGAGCGUCGGUUUCCCUUCAACUCAUUCUUGUCAUUUUCAUCUUGAAGUGGUUCAGGU